UGUUCAAGGUUAUGUUGAAGUUAUUUUAUUAGUGUUAUUUUAUUACUGAAUUUUCUCUUAUCCUAUUUGUUGCAAUAUUCUUUGCGUACUGAGUUUGUUCGCUGAACAUUUUUUAAAUUUAACUUGUUAUAAUGGUUUUGUGCGACCCUUCUGCUAUUAAAAAUAAUACUGAAAAGCGUCGAUACAUCAUCAUUAAUGAUGAAAUUUAUGUAGAGUUUCCUGAAGCUAAAAACGGCUCCAAUGGCAAUAUUUCAGUACAUCUAGUUCCCAUUUCUGAGGUUAAUUCUGAUCUUACAAAGUUAAUUUCUACUAAUGAUUGUAAUUCUGAUGUACAGAAUAGCGAGCUUAAUGAAAUGCAAAGUGAAUUUUCAAUAUCAAAAACGAAUUGCAAUGAAGAUAGUGAAUCAGUUGUAGAUUUCCAUAAAAGGAUCUCAGAUGAAUAUCUGAAUAAUACUAGUAAUUCUAACUAUAUGAACUCAAGUCCAAAAUCACAUUUUGGCCUCAGAAGACCCUCGAAGGAAAAAUUUAAUGAAGACUCUAAUGAUUCUUUAGUUAUAGACUUAACAGAAAAUGAGGAAUUAUUAGAAGAUAAUGCUGGUACCGUAGAGAAGAUUAAUAAAUUGUAUAAACCUGUUGAACUUAAAUUUAAAUAUGAAAGACAUAGAGGGUUGGAUAUAAAAGUAGGUGAUUACUUUCCAAUAAAUAAUUUCUCUUUAUCACCUGAAAACAUUGAUGAACAUUCUUUGCUAAAUGACUCAAAAUUUAUAUAUAAAUGUCCUUACUGCAGUUAUAAAUAUCCCUCAUCAUUAAAAUUUUAUAGACACAUAAUUGCCCAUAUUGAACCAUGUUUUUGCUCAUCAUGUGAUUCAGCUGUACCUUUAAAAAAAAUUAAUUUCCACAUACGAAGAAAACAUGUUAAAACUAUAAGAUGUUUGGUAUGUAGUUUUGAAACCAAAAAGGAAGGUCCGUUUAGAUUACAUUUGGUGAGUACACAUAGAAAAGAGAUGAUGGCAAAAUGUAGUAUCUGUGGAUGUGCUUUGGAAAAAAAGAAAUUAUUGUUACCUCAAAUUGAAAUUCUUUCAAAUCAUGUAAAAGACAAACAUUCUCAACAAACUUAUCGGGCUUCUUGAAAUUUCUUCAUGGAAUCAAUUGUACUCAAUUAUUUGAAUUGAAAUAUUUUAUUGAAUACAAUGUUCAUCAGUGGUCCCACAUUAUUUCCAUAUUUUUUUGAUUCAUUAUCUCAUUGUAAAGAUUUUCAAAAUGUUAUUCUUUUUAGCUUAACCUUUUAUGUGAAUUUUAUGGUCAGUUGCGCCAUUUGCCUAAACAUUGAUUAAAAAUUUAAACAUUGAUUAAAAAUUUAAACAUUGAUUACUUUCUGAUUUCUCUUAAGAAAUCAGAAAGUAAUCAAUGUUCAGGCAAAUGGUGCAACUGGCCAUUAUUAUUGUUGAAAAUUACAUAGAAAAUUAUUCUUUAAUAGAUACAUAUUGUUACUAUCAUAUAAUCACAUAAUGUAUGUAUGUAUAUCAUUCAAAAAAUAUUUUGAAAUUGUUUCUAGAAGAUUUAUAUAAAUGUUAAAACAUCGGAUAUAUAUCAACUUCCUGAAUAUUUUUAUUUAUACAUAUAUGCUGGUAGUACAUACUACUUAAAGCUUCCUUCCACUGGCAGAUGUGAGGCUCUAUACAGUGGAUAUUGGUUCAACAGAGUCUGGAUAUGCAACUAAUUAAAAAAUUCACGUGUUGAGAAAUUCAGAAGUAGUGAAUGGAAAUAAAAUCAAUUUAUAAAUAUGAAGAAUACUGAAAAAUCUAACUCUUGUUGUAACCAUCAUCCCAGUCCCUGCAAGGGAAAAACAAUAAAAAUUGCAGGUUUUUUGUCAUUUUGAAAAUUUUUUUACAACAUUCUACUCUUGUAUAUUUGAAUUUAUUACCAAAAAAUACAAAAAUUACGAAAACUCAUAACAGAAAACAAAAUUUCAAAGAUCACAUAUUUCCCCAAACACAACAAAAUAGUGCUCAAAAAUUUCAUUAAACAUCCUGUAUCUCGCUUAUGCUUGGGGUAGAGAUAUGUAUGUCUCAAAGCAAAAAUCAAAGGGAAGCACAGGUAUUGGGAUACAGUGACCUAAAGUGAGGAUAUCUAACGUUCUAAGAAGCGAGUGUUCUAUCUUAAAAAAUUGAGCCACUAACUGAGUGCCUCAAAAGGAAUCUCAAAGGGGCGCAUAUGAUAAGACACAAGAUAAGACCAAAUUCACCUACAAUCCAAGUGGAAAAUAGAAAUGUAACACCAUCUCCAUCAAUAAAAUAUCUUGGCAUACAAAUCAACAACAAAGCAAAUAUGGAACUUCAAACCUCGCCAAAAAAAAAAUCGCAAUAGAAAAAUAUUUCAAAUGCCUCAUCUAUAAGAACGAAGGAAUCAGUUUGGAAAAAGAUAUACAGGAUGGCCAUUUGAAAACG